AUGCCUAAUGCAAUUGCUGGAUCACUACAUCCAUCAAAUAAAGAUGCUAUAUCAAUAAAUAAUAAAGGUCUUAUUGCUUUGGGAACUCAGUCAUUAAUAACAAUCCUUGAUAUUCAUACAACAAAAAUAUUACAAGUUUUAGAUAAACAUACAUCAGCUGUUAAUAUAGUAUCAUGGAGUCCUGAACAAUCCUUUAUACGCCAAAAUGAGGUUGAUCCAAAAUUAGUUACAACUGAUAUAACAGGUCAAAUUAUUAUAUGGGAUGUAUUUGCAGGAUCACCAAUUUCUAAAUUUAAAUAUACUAAUACAACUGUUAAAGAUUUACAAUGGUUAACGUGGCAAGAUGCUAAUAGAGAUUUCUUACUAACAAUUCAUUCUACAGAUAUAUUAGUUCUUUGGAACACAGAUAAUGGUGAAAUAAUAUGGGAAUAUAAAUUUUCACAAAAAAUUUUUAAAAUGAUUCAAGAUUGUUUUGAAAAUGAUUGUUUUUAUUUUACAACAACAGGUUGUGAAAUUUUACAAUUAAAAAAUGUUUUUGUUGAUAAAAAACCAACAGGAAAUCCUAAAAUUAUUCCUAUAUCAUUUUCUAAUGGUAAUCAAGAAAAUCUUAUAACACAUAUAAAAUGUCAUAGAGCAUAUCCAAAUAUAAUUUUUGUUGCAAUAUAUAAUGAAUUAUUAUGUUAUGAUAUUCCAUCAAAUAAAAUUAUAUAUAGAGAAAAUAUAACAAAUUUAGUACAAAUAUUACCCUGUGCUGAUAGAGAUGCCUUUUUUUUAGUUCAUUCAGAUGGAAUGAUAUCAUUUAAAGUUGGUAAAAUAACUGUUGAUGAAGAUAAAGAUCAAACAUUUUUUAUUUAUGAAAAAAUUUGCCAUUCAGAAUCUUCUAGACCAAAUCCAAAAAAUAAAAUUAUAUCUGCUGAUAUGUGUAAUGUUACAGAAAAUACAAUAACUGUUGUAUAUAAUACAGGAAAAAUUUUAAAUUAUCAAUUAUCAUUACCAAAUUCUAAAUCAUCAUUUAUUUAUAGAACUAAAUAUUUAUCUGAUUCUGUUUUAUUAGAUGAAAAAAUUCAUAAUAAUUGUUUUAAAUUAUCACUUAUACAAGCAAAUCAAUUUCCAACAUUGUCACAUUCUCCAACUGUUAUACGUGUUCGUUCUAUGGAUGAUAUAGAUAUUGAAACUGAUUUAUAUAAGGGUAAACAAAUUAUUGCUGUUGGUACAAAUUCUGGUAGUAUAUUUUUAAUAGAUGCUUAUGAUUUUACAAUAUUAAAAGAAUUUAAAAUACAUAAUUCACCAGUAAAAUGUUUAGAAUUUAAUGGAGCUAAUUCAAUAAUAUCAUCAUCAUAUAGUGCAGCAUUAACAACAAGUUCCUAUGUUAAAAAUCAUUUAUAUGUAUGGGAUAUUCAGACAGGUGUUAAAAAAAUGUUAAGAAGUGAAGUUGAGGAGAGUCCUAUACGAAUGUUAAGAGUAUCUUAUUAUCAUUGUUAUGUAGCUUUAUGUUUUCAAAAUGAACCUUUAGAAAUUUGGGAUUUAAGAAAUUUAAAACUUUUAAGAAGAAUGAGUCGAAGUUGUCCAUUAAUUUUAGAUAUGGCAUGGAGUUGUAAACAUCAUAAACUUAAUGUUAUUUCUGAAGAAAUGAAUAUAUAUAAAGAAAAUUUAGUUGUUUUAGAUAAUGAAAAUCAUUUAUUUCAUGUUGUAGUAAAAGGGCUUCAGGUAAGAGAUGGAAAAGAAGUUAGUACAGAUUGGAAAAGAGGAAGUAGUAGAAUUAAAUGUAUGGUAUGGAAAGAUGAUUUAUUAGCUUAUGGUGAUACAAAUAAUAAAAUAGGUGUAUGGGAUUUAAAUAACAAAAAAUGUCGUGAAGCUAGAAUAGACGAUUUUGGCCCUAUAUUAAAAAUGGUUUUUUGCAAAUUAUAUGGCGAUAAUUCAUUGACAGUUGUUCAUUCAAAUGGUAUAGCAAUUUGGGAUGUCUGCAGUAUGAAAAUAAUUCGUUCAUUUACAACAAAAGGAUCUAUGAUUAUAGAUUGUGAUUUAUCAGGAACAAAUCCUAUAUAUAUAACCACCGAUUCAACUUUGAAAAUGGCUGAUUAUAAUAAUAAAAGUAAAACAAUUCAGUCUGAUGAAAGGCCAAUUUUAUUUAAUAUGGGUUUUGUAAGAAAAUUAAAAACAAUUCCAUCAGAUUCAAAUACUUUCAAUGAAAUUAAAGAAAUAUUUAAAGAAAAUUUUGGAGAUGAAAUAUUAGAUAAAAUAUCAAAGAUGGAUAAAGUAUCUGCCUAUACUUUUAUACUAAAAUUUAUUGGUGAUGUAGAUGCAGCAAAAUUAUUUGCCAUUAUUGAAAAUAAUAUUCAUCCAGAAAAAUUAUUACCACCAUGUCUGUUAUUAUUUUGGCCUGAAAAUAUAUUUAAAAAAAGAAUUGAAGAAAAAUUAAAUAUUCUUAUUAAUGAUUGUACAACAAAAGAACAACUUGAAAAAAAUAUUGAAUUGGCAAUUGUUCUGGGGAAAAAUGAUUUAGCAAGUCAAUUAUUACUAGAUACAGCAAUGACUUCUGAAAAAGAUAGUCGUUUUAAUGCAUAUCGAGCAUGCCUUUUGUCGGCUAAUUUUGAUUCUGAAAGUUGUCGAUGUUUUAUAAAACUUGUCGCCAUGAACAUGAUAGCAAAUGGUAAUAUAAAUGAUGGUGUGCAAAUGUUAUUUUUAAUAGAUCAUGGGUUAGAUGCUUGUAAACAUUUACAACUUCAAGGAAACUGGUUACAAAGUGUUCUUUAUGCUAAAGCUAACAAUAAAAUUGAUGUUAAAGAAGUAAUUAAAAAAUUUGCAGAUCAACUUUUAACUGAAAAUAUAUUUCAAAAGAGUUUGGCAAUUAAAUUAUAUGCUAGUAUUCAGUAUUGGCAUGAAUGUAUUGGGGCACUCAUGCUGUCUAAUGACAUAAAACUAGCUGAAGCAAUAAAGAGUGUCACGAAUUCAUUACAAACUACAGAGGAACAGUAA